AUGUCACGGAUUUUCAACAAUUCAAGCUGUGUAUGCGUCUGGAUCGGUCCCGAGAAGGAUGAUAGUCGCCGCGCAAUCGAUUUUAUCAAGUCAAGACUGGUGCACGAUGACGCCGACCAAUUACUCGAAAAUUUCGAGUACCGACACGAAUGGUUGGCGUUAUCAAAGCUCAUGCGCAGACCCUGGUUUAGUCGGCGAUGGAUCAUUCAAGAAAUUGCGUUGGCAAGAACGGCCACCUUACAUUGUGGUUCCGAUUGGUUACCAUGGGAGAUUUUUUCAGAGGCCGUGAUGUUGUUUACCUGGGGCCAAUCCAAAGUCUAUAGCACGCUUCGCACAGCUGGGGAUUGUAGUCCGAGUUCACUGGGGGACUUGCGAGAGUCUGCCGCUGCGCGUUUGAUUCAAGCUCAGGACAAUAUUUUCCGGAAGUCCAAAGAUGGACAAUUACUUGAGAAGCUCAUGUCACUUGAAGAUUUAUUAUGCAGAUUCUCGGCAUCAGAGGCACUGAAUCCACGGGACUCUAUCUAUGCGUUGCUAUCAAUUGCACGGGAUGCGAAGGCAGGAUUUUCAACCUCUGGUACAACUCGAGAAGGCACCCCUGACGUACUACAAGAGCAUAACAGCACGACCAUGUUUCUGGAGUCUCCACAGGAUCUUGUGGGAAUGGAAUUUGACCACUUUGCUUUUCUGGGGUUGCGAAUGCGUGAAGAUGUCAACCCAAACAGUGAAUAUGAUGUCCCGGCUGUGAUACCUCGAAAACGGGCAGCGUCGAAUUCUGAGACAUAUGUCCAGGCGCGGCAGGUUAGACGCAUAGAUUUUCCUGAGCUGCCAUAUCCGCACUUUUCCUCAGCACCAAGCAAUAACGGUGCUACGGAGGAUAGAAAUCAUGUUGAGACACCUACUAUUCGUAUUUCAUCUGUGUUGGUUGGACAUCCUGAAACCAAUCAGGUUUCCCCAACUGCGAUGAGUGGGAAUGAAUCCUUCCCCAAGGUUGGGGAGUUUAAUGGUGCUUUGCCGACGCCUGAUUCGACAACCCCAGCACCAGCUCCGGGCAAAGAUGAUGGCUCGGCGUCAGUAGCGUCUAGAGGCUCGAGACACCAGGCCAACGGAUCAAUCCAUACAACGGAUCGAUCUGUUGACGAACAAAGUACAUCUAUGCUUCAAGUACCACGUCGCGGGCGAGGCGAUUCCUCCGCGUCCAUCAUCAGUAACCUCACCGAGAACUAUUACAUGCACACAGCAGGUAUUCGCCAGAAGCAAACACGUGAAUACGCCAUCCCAGUUGACUACAGCAAACCCGUGCCAGAGGUUUGCAAGGAUGUGAUGAGGUAUGCGUUCAGCAAGACGGAAUCGCUGAAUAUGAUAUGUCGACCAUGGGCUCCUCGAAUAGCUCAAAGGAGUAUGACAUUGCCAACAUGGAUUCAACCCGUAACGAAGAGCGCUUUUGGACCUGCAUACAAUGGCACAUAUACACGCAUCAAUGCUGACCCAUUAGUUGGUAAGCCAGGACCGGGACAAUGUUUCUACAACGCGACACCGAACGUGUCCGGGCGGUGGAAAAUCGAUGAAGAUGGAAAGAAUAUUUUGACUGUGCAUGGGUUUAUACUAGAUGAAAUCGAUCGCAAAGCGCCUCCUGCUAAUGGAGGUGUCAUACCUGUAGAAUGGAAUGAGCUCGCUGAUUGGGAUGAUACGAGUACGUCGCCGCCUCCCGAAACGUUCUGGAGGACGUUAGUAGGGAAUCGGGAUGACGUGGGACAGCAACCACUGAAACUCUGGAGACGAGCAUGCCAGAUUGCAUUUAGCAUGAAGCCUAGAGAUGGGCCGUUGAAUGUCGAGAAGGCGCUCGAGGAAGCUUCAUCUUUUGUACGGGAAUAUCUCGAAAAGGUGCUACGGACGACGUGUUCACGACGAUUCUCAAUCGGGACGACGGGUGUACCGGCCUUGGUGCCCGCAAAGUCGAAAAAGGGGGAUAAAUUGUGUAUCAUCAAUGGGUGUUCUGUGCCGGUUGUGUUGCGUCAAAAGACGGUUUCCACAUUUCCUACAACUACACAGACAAACGGAGACAUAGCUGGCAAGUGUUCAAGGCCAGAAUGCCAGGCUGCAGGACAAUGCAAAUGCAAGACUCCGUCUGGAUCGUCGAGUAGUGAAGAAAAGAUUUUUGAGAUGAUUGGGGAGUGCUAUAUUCAUGGCAUGAUGGACGGGGAGGCGUUGCUAUACCAACAAAAGAAGGAUAUUAAGACGCGGACUUUUCGGAUUAGAUAA